UAACGAAAUUAGCGCGAAGGAAACCCUAGCAAUUGAAAUUCCCAAAACGGAGAAAUCAGAAAACCCUAAAUCACUCCGAAUUAGGUAGUGGAAUGGGGGAAGAAGGGAACGGGAAGAAGAGGAUGGUGGUUGAGUCGCUGGGAUGGCUAACGGAAUCGUCGAUAAUGCCGAAGAAGCACCGCGCCAUAGAGGGCGUGGGUGCGUCGUCGAUGAUGGAGUUGAAGGCCGAGCUCUACAAGUCUCAGGAAGAUUCCAAGAAGUCUAGGGAACUCGCCGGUCCCGACGCCGAGUACCAACGCGCCAAGAGCAAGAUCGCUCCCAAAGAUUCCUUCUCCGCCAAGAAUUCUGGUGUUGAAGCACGCGAUCACAAGGAUAAACUUGAGUUAAAAGCGGUUAAUGAUGGAUCAGUGAGCUAUGCAGCGCUGGAGAGGAAGGCCGAGCUGUAUGAAAAGUUGGUUAGAGGUGAGCUGUCUGAUGAAGAGGAUCAAGAGAAGUAUUGUGUAGAUUUUUUCCGUAAGGGUAUUGAGCAGGAUGAGUUGCCACAGCUGGAAAAUCGUGAUGCUGCUGAGACUGUGCUGCGAGAAAAUGAAGUUGCUGAUAAUGAUGCUUCUGUGAUGUUUGAUGUGAAAAAGGUUGGGCUGGGGCGAACAGUUGGAGCUGUCGAUAAUGCUGAGCAUAAGCGCAAUAUCUGGGAAGUUCAUGAAGAAGCUAAUCGAGCAAGAGAAAAGGCCUCUGAAAUCAAACAUCGCAGACAGGAGCAAGUAGCUGCUCAUCGUGAGAAACUGAAACAAGCAUAUCUUCGGAAGAAGCUGGAGCAACUGAAAGCCACAACCAAAGGACUUGGAUCUGACGUAAAGAACACAUGAUGACUACACCAAGUGCUAAAAUAAUUUAUGAUGAAUCGGUGUCUGGGAAGCUAGAUUUUUUGUUCCGAAGAAGGGCAUGUGGAAUUGAAUGUUAAGCAGACCAAAAGCUCUUCAUCAUGAGGAAUUUUUGUCCUUUUUUAUGUCGAAAAUCAUUAGUUCCAACAAACAAACAAAAACUAGAAAGUGAGGAUACAGGAUAAAGGGAAAAGGGUUGGCAAAAGAACCAGAAUGUGUUACUCCCAUGUUGUACAUAAUGUAGUUUGGUCAUUGUUGUUUACAUGAAAUAUUGAAUUUCGAUUGAAGGUAAGAAAAGUGUAAAACAGUUAAAACAAGGGAAAAUAUUGGUUGUCAUUCUCUUAAUAUCUUUGUGCCUCAGGCAUGUUGCCAAAUAUCAAUAU